AUGACGAACCCGGCUCUAGCGCUCAGGCCUCCCUCUCACGACCGCAGCCCGCCCCGCCUCGCGGUGACGCACUCACCGCAGCGUUCUGGAACUUUCAUUCUCGCCCCCGCUCUCCGAAUGGCCCCGGGGAAAGGGAGGGUGGGGCCGACGGAGCCCGCGCGCGGGAGUCCUCAGUCACCCCUGGCGGAGGGCUGCGGUGGGGAGGAAGGGCGCGUCUGCCCCUGCGCAUGCGUCCCCAGAAAGCGCAGGCGGAAGGGACGGAAGGAGGGGGAGGAAGCGGGGCGGGCCAAUCUGGAUCCAGCCAAUAAGAGCAGAGCGACCCGCAAUCCCGCUCAUGCGGAACCACAGGAGCUAGAGCGCAGGGCCUGCAGGGAGGGGUCCGGCCGCGGGAGCCGGGGAGAGAAGACGGAAGUGGAGCGAGGACAAAAUGGCGGCUAA